AUGAGUAACAUUAUCCAAUCUCAAAAGACCGCCCUGAUCACCGGCGCUGCCUCCGGCGUUGGCUUUGCUAUUGCCAAGCUCUGUCGGAGCAAGGGGAUGCACUUGGCUCUCCUUGACAUCGACAAUGACAAUUUGGUCAAAGCAAAGGAGAUUCUGAGGAAUGUUGAUCCCAGUCUUCAAACAGAGGCCUAUGUAUUGGAUGUGGCCGAUCGCGGUGCGUGGAAAGAGAUCGCGGGCCAGAUUGGGGCAAUAUUUGCGGAUAUUGACCUGGUCGUGCUGAACGCGGGCAAAGGAUAUAAGCCACAAACUACUGAAAAAGGUCGCAUGAAUGCUUGGUUAGAUCAGGAAUAUUGGACCAAGACCUUUGAUACGAAUGUCUUUGGACCUUUGAAUGGACUUGGCGUUAUUCUCCCACUGGUUCUAUCCUCGGGGUCUCAAUCUGCCAAGUCUAUCGUGAUCACUGGCUCGAAACAAGGUAUCACCAACCCUCCCGGGACCAAUCCCGCAUACAACGCUUCAAAGGCCGCGAUCAAGAGUUUGACAGAGCAUCUGGCGCACGAUCUCCGCUCCGACCCGGCAACCGCGCAUAUUGCCGCUCACUUACUCAUCCCCGGCUGGACUUGGACAGGUCUAAUGGGCAAUGUGGGCCCAACCAGCGAGUCAGACGUGAAAAAGCCCGCAGGAGCCUGGUAUCCGAGCCAGGUAGCCGAGGAAUUGUAUACUGGUUUAGAGAAUGGAUCAUUCUACAUCAUCUGUCCAGAUGGAGAGACCGAUCGGGCUCUUGAUCAAGCACGGAUGAAAUGGGGAAGUGCCGAUGUAUACGAAGAGCGACCUGCGCUAUCUCGCUGGGAGGAGGACUGGAAGGGCCGUGCCGACCAGGCUAUCCAAGCCGAUGCCAAGGCUCGCCGUGUUUGA